AUGCAACUUUCUUCGCUCUUCACGGUCGUUCUUGCUUCUCUCAACUUUGCCUCUGCCUUACCUCUCCAUCGCCUCAACACCAGUCCAGCUCUGUCCUGGCACGUCGCCAACUUCAACACUGGCUGCUCCCCAGGCGGCUGCGUGUAUAACUUCAAUAUUACUGGCGUCGCGAGCCCGAACACUCCCGGAUUCCAAACCCAUUGCUCGGGUACCAAUGUCCAAGAUGAUUACGCUUUCUGUGAUGACAAGCACGUGAAGGCGAAGGUGGUAUCUCAACUAUACCCCGUGUGGACGGUCCAUGUACAACACGCCUGGUUCCAAGGCGAGGCCGAGUUCUAUGCUCUUGGCCAUGCAAACGUCACAUCUACUCAAAAGAACUUCACUAUCCCUGUGACUGAGACCUUGCAGACACACCUGCAUACUCAAAGCCAAUGGUAUGAUCACCUCGUCAAGAUAAAGCUCCCCGUGCCCACUGCCGAGACUGACAUUUGGCGCUUGGCUUCUUGUCCAACGCAGGCGUCGAUCCUACGACAAAUAGUGGCUGGUCCUAGAUUACAGCACCCAGAAGCAGGUCUAGAUCUAUGCUAUGUCACCGAUAACCUGAUUGCAACGUCUGGCCCGUCCCCUAGCUAUCCGAAGCGCGCCUACAGAAACCCGCUACAUGAUCUAGUGAAAUACCUUGAUACCAAACAUGGCGAGGAUUGGUGUGUCUUUGAGUUCCGGGCUGAGGGGACAGGGUACCCCGAUAAAGCUGUCUACGGGAGGAUACAUCACUACCCAUUCCCGGAUCACCAUCCCCCGCCAUUUGCGCUUAUCCCCUCACUCAUGGGGUGUAUGUAUAACUGGCUUCAUGGGUUAGAUAGCAAGGAUUCUCAGGGGGAGGCACAGGAGACACGGAAGAGAGUUGCGGUGGUCCACUGCAAGGCUGGUAAGGGACGGAGUGGAACGGUCGCGUGUAGCUAUUUGAUGGCGCAUGAAGGAUGGAAGAUGGAGGAUGCUCUGCAACGGUUUACCGAACGGAGAAUGCGGUCUGGGUUUGGCCCUGGAGUGAGUAUCCCGAGCCAGCUGCGCUGGGUCGGGUAUGUCGAUCGCUGGGUGAACCAAAUGGGCAAGAAGUACAUCGAACGACCGGUGGAGAUCCUCGAGCUUCAUGUGUGGGGUCUGCGAGAUGGCGUCAAGGUUGCAGUGGAAGGCUUCGUCGAUGGAGGCAAGAAGAUUCAAAACUUUCACCUAUUCAAACGCAGUGAACGCAUCGUUGUGGACGAUGGAAGAGUGAAGAUAAAUUCUUCACAGAAGACGGACAAAAAGAACGCCAAUGGCCAAAAACACGGCAUCAAAAAUGCCUUCUCAUCUGUUGUAGAUUCAUCAAGUUCAUCCAGCUCAUCUAGCUCGGCCUCAUCCGAUGAGGACUCAACUACCCAGAAGGGCACAUCGGCCGUCCUCUUCAAGCCGAGCAAGCCCCUCAUCCUCCCAACAUCCGAUAUAAACAUCGAUUUUGAACGAAGAAGCAAAGCUUACAAAGAUUGGGCAAUGGUGACAUCCAUUGCGCAUGUGUGGUUCAACGCUUACUUCGAAGGAGGCGACAAGCAAGAUUCAGGCGUCUUCGAAGCAGAGUGGGACACGUUAGACGGGAUUAAGGGCACCUCCAGAAAAGGGGUUAGAGCUCUCGACCGGCUUAAAGUAGUAUGGAGAUACCCACCUUCGGAACCUGGAACAAAGAAAUUGGAGACGGCCCCCACGCCGGGCCAAAUCAUCACCGAGCCCAAACCCGGCGAACCCAUGUUCGAAGGCCAUGCUGCUGACUGGCGAGGCCAUGACCUGGGAGAGCAGAAAGCUGUACGAGAUCAGGAGAACAUUCCAACGCGGGCCCCUGACGUCCCAGAGCACCAAAAAGAAACCGAGGAUGCAAAUCCGAUCCUCACAGGCCUCAGUACUGCCACCAGUAGCGCAACUGCCGCUGCUACAACUUCGGUGCAGAUGCUAAGUAAGGAGCUAGGGCUGAGAAGACAGACGGACGAGAGCAAAGACGUCAGUCUCGCUGAAAGUGACGACAAUGAGUCUGUGCUAGCUCACCGGAAGCAGGAAGGCGAUGACGAGAAAAGACAAGCCCUGAGCAGAGCAGAAAGUGAAGACUUCCAAGGCGUACAAUCUUACUUUGGAAAUGGCGAUCAAGACGAUGCUACAAGCUCCCUGAAGACCACUAAAGCUUCGUGA